AUGAAGUUCAGCAACAUUCUGUCCCUCGGCCUGUUGGUCAUGUCGCCCCUGGCCGCAGCUUGGAGCAAGGAAGAUCGCGAGAUUUUCCGCAUCCGCGAUGAGAUCAGGGCCCACGAGGCAAACCCCGACCAGACAUUCUACGACCUUUUGGGUGUCAAGAACAGCGCCAGCAUCGACGAGAUCACCAAGGCCUACCGCAAGAUCUCUCGCACCCUCCAUCCUGACAAGGUCCGCCAGCAGAUCAUCGCCGAGCGCACCAAGGCCAAAAAGAAGGCGAACAAGGAGCCCGGUGUCAACGUGCAGAAACCCCCCACUCAGAAAGAGAUCAAGGCUGCCGUCAAGAUCGCCUCGGAGCGCCAGGCUCGUCUGGGUCUUGUGCGCAAACUCCUCAGCGGCCCUGAACGCGACCGCUACGACCACUUCUUGAAAAAUGGCUUCCCGGCUUGGAAGGGCACCAACUACUAUUACAACCGCUACCGUCCCGGCCUGGGUACCGUGCUGUUCGGCGUCUUCCUCAUGGGUGCCGGCGCGUUCCACUAUAUCGCUCUGUACAUGUCUUGGAAGCGCCAGAAGGACUUUGUCGAGCGUUACAUCAAGUUUGCUCGCAACGCCGCGUGGGGCGACAACCUCAGCAUCCCCGGCAUCGAUCCGACACCGGCGCCUGCCCCCGCCCCGGCGGCCGACGACGAAGAGGGUCCCCAGCAGCCGAUGAACCGCAAGCAGCGCCGUAUGCAGGAGCAGGUCGCCCGGAGAGAGGCCGCUAAAGAGCGCGGAGGCCGGUUCCGCAAGCCUGCCGCCGCCAGCAGCGGUAGUGCCACUCCCCGUGAGGCACCCGCCGCCCAGAGUGGCCCUACCGGCUCCAAGAAGCGCGUUGUGGCCGAGAAUGGCAAGAUUCUGGUGGUCGAUUCGCUCGGCGAUGUCUACCUUGAGGAGCAGGACGAGGAUGGCAACACGGAGCAGUACCUUCUUGAUCCCAAUGAACUGCCUCAACCCACCAUCCGCGACACCGCGCUCGUCCGUCUCCCCAUCUGGGCCUACAAUCGCACCGUCGGCCGCGCUCUCGGCCAGAACAACGUUGACUUGAACAUCGACACUGAGGACCUGGACUCUGACGAUGGCGAGGCCCAACACACCCCCAGCUCCGACUCGGCCGCCGACGACUUUGAGCUCCUCGAGAAGUCGACUGAUUCCUUGGGCAAGGCCAAGGCUUCUGGCGCGCACACUGGCGGCAGGUCCAACAAGCGCAAGAAUAAGAAGCGUUAA